AUGGAGCUUCAUAGCGCACACCCGCAUCCCGACCAAAAUGGCGGCCAACCCUCAUCCCGGGCUGCCGAGAAUACAUAUCCAGACCCCCCGGCACAUCCACCCGUAGAAUCGGCCCGGUCUCAAGCAGACACGCAAGCUGAACAGACGGCCGACUCGGGUGACCCACAGGAUCCUCUGGCCGAUCUGAAGCGCCCGCGUGCCUGCGAGCCAUGUCGCCAGUUGAAGGUUCGGUGCGAUCCGGAUCCGAAUCACCCGGACGGAUCUUGCAAGAGAUGCGCCAAGGCACGUCGCAAUUGUGUUGUCACGGCGCCAACUCGGAAGCGUCAGAAAAAGACCGACAGCCGCGUCACGGAGCUGGAGCGGAAGAUCGAUGCAUUGACGGCCAGCCUGCAGAUGUCACACAGUGGUGGGCUACUUCCACAGGGACAGCCUUCGCAGCAGCCCCAACCCCAGCAUGUGCAACAACAUCAGAGUGAGCUACAAUCCAGUCACCGCUGGGAACCCAGUCUGGCUGGCAAUAAACGGCAGCAUGACAGUGACCUGAAAGAAGUCUCCAGUGGAAGUGGGUAUCUGGCUCCGCCGUAUUCCAGUCCCGACAAUCAGUCAGUGGAAAAGAACUAUGAACGCUCUCCGUCAAGACACUGGCGCGGACCUUUUAGCGGCGAUACGGUCCCACCAAAGGCUGAAGCUGCCAAUGAGUAUGUUGACUGCAUCGAUCGAGGGCUGGUCACUGUUCAACUCGCCGAGGCGGCCUUUGAUCUCUACAUCAAAAAAAUGGCUCCCCAAUAUCCGAUGGUUGUCUUCCCUACCCACACGACCAUGAGUGAUAUUCGUCGCAGCAAACCAGCUCUGUUUCUUGCAAUCACUGCAGUUGCUAUUGGACCUCUUAGUUCUGAUCUACAGGUUCCUCUCUUUACAGAAUUCUACCGCAUGAUUGCGGAGCGCGUUGUGGUCAACGGCGAGAAAGCUCUCGAGCUGUGUCAAGGCCUCCUGGUCUGUUGUAUCUGGUACCUGCCACCAGAUAACUUCGAAGAACUCAAGUUCUACCAACUGAUUCACAUGGCUUCAGCCCUGGCAAUGGAUCUGGGGAUGAACCGCCGCAGCCUGACAACCAAAAAAGGAUUCAAUUUUGUCCGUGAGCUGAUGGGCAAGAAGACGAAUCCAUCGUUCGAUCCAGAUGGCCCAGAAGCGAGACGGACCUGGGUGGCAUGCUACUUUUUGUCAGUCCAGGUUUCGGCGGCCUUGAGAAGAACUCAACUGGUUCGGUGGCAGCCGUACAUGGAUGAAUGUGUUGAGAUCUUGGAAACUCAUCCCGACGCUCUUCCCUCUGACAAAGAUCUACUCUCAUGGGCGAAGCUCGGAUACAUCAUGGAGGAGGCUUCAUUGUCGGUGCCAUCAGAGGAAACUAUUUCCAUUAUGUCGUUCUCCGAAAGCAAACUCAGGUAUACGAUGAAGGGGCUUGCAAAUAAACUGAAUCAGUGGAGGAGAGAGACUCCUGAGGAAAGGAUGACCGUGCUGAUGUCCAAUACCGAACACAUCAUCAACCUUUAUCUUCAUGAGAUCGCCUUGAAUGUCGACUGCAACAACUCUAAAGAGCUUGAAGACCCGUCUAGUUCAGCAGCCAUCGCUUUCGUCGACGCAUUAACCACCUGCAUCCACUGCAUCCAUAAAAGUCUGGACACUAUUCUCUCAUUCGAGAUUGAUCAGUUCAUCCUCCUUCCUACCACCUCCCUAGCGCGGACGUCAUAUGCAAUUGUUAGCCUGAUCAAGCUGUACUCGCUUCUCACAUCCCCGGACAAUCGGCUUGGGCAGAUUGUCGAUGUGAAGAGCCUGAAGAUGGAGUACUAUCUCGACCAUGUCUUGGCCCAUUACCGCGCAGGUGCGGCUCGCGAUGGUGGGCGUGCAGCAGCCAAGUUUGCGCAUAUCCUGGGGAUGUUACGGAACUGGUUUCUCAAGAAAAAAGACCAAGGGCCAGGUCUCAGGGAGGCGAUGACUCGUGCAGAAGGUGCCUGUGACAAAAAACCGGAACGAACACCUCUCCAUCUUCUCAGCGAAGUGGCCGUGGGCGAUCCACUUCACCGGACUUCUUCUGGUGGCUUCAGUCAUUCUCCUCUGAUGGCGUCAGAACAGGGUCGCCAUCUUUCCGCAUCCACAGCCACAGGUAAUCCAGGGCCAUCAACACCUGGUCAAUCCAGUCUCAGCACCUCCACCACAUCUCCAGGCUCGUUGCAGCGCAUGACAACGUCAACCACUGUGUCCGACACAUCAGCAGGGUGGCCCUCCUUCCAAAGCCCCCGAGAUCCCAAUAUGCCGAACAGGGGCUUUUACGCUUCUUUCACCUCAUCGGCAGAUCCCUCGAGCACAUACGCAACACAACAGGGCUACGGCGAGAUGUCUUCCCUUGGCAUGAACCCGGGGCAGUCACAGCAGUCUAUGGGAAUGCUGCCCGACCUCGGGAUGGAGACGAGCUUUGACCCGAGUAACUUUUGGGCGCUUGGGAAUAUGAUGGAUGAGGGGUUAUUCAAUUUCCCGUUGUCAUUUGAUCCGAACCUGGAGUUUUAUUGA